GCAGAAAAGGAUCCGGCACUUGGACUGCAUCUUUAUAAGGAAUCUGGAAAAGCCCUUGGAAGUUGGGCCAAGGGCAGUCGUCACACAUAAUAACGAUGGGUCGUCGAAGAGCAAUCGCUCCGAUGGAGCGCCCGCAUCACCUACACCACCUCAUGGAAGCCUUGCGAUCACCCAAAUCCUGGCGCGACGGCGAAAGUCCUCGCAUCCCAGCCUCCAGCAGCCCAUCAGACGCAUCAGUCGUUCCAUGAGUGCGCAACGCCUCUUCGACGAACGCUACGGAGCAAGCAAAACAGCGACAUCGACCGACUUGUUGGACGCGUACUAUACACUUUCCCCCGUCGAUACCGCGCGGUCCCAACCGGACGAUUCACCCUUUUAUAUCAGCGAAGUCAUCGAGGCGUCUCGGAACCCGAAGUGGCAGUCGGUUGAUCGUUCUGCGUGCUCACGCCAGACGCCAUGGUCCGGAUCACAGUUCGUGCUCAAAGUUUGGGCCGCGAAACACUCUGAAAAACCCUUCGGAUGUUGCGAUGAGGUGGUGGUGGAUCUACAGCGGCUCAAAUGCAUAAGGACGAGCAUAGAUCAUGAGCCACAAGCGUCGGAACGCAACGCUAUCUUUUUGGAGAUUGGUGGACGAUUCUAUGUUCCCGCAAGGGACAUGCCUGCGUCGGAGUCUGAUCAUUCAGAGCCGACCAAGGUCUCGGUGCAUUCCGCAGCAUCGCGCAACUCGUAUUCCUAUGAGACGCUCAUGGCCGUGCUGGCAGCGCAGCGGGAGCUAUGUCAUGAGCAGCAGGACGUGUCCGGUCUUAUUGAGAAGGCGGAAGAGAUUUGCUCGAAGCAUCGCAGCCGGCGGGACCGGAUGGAACAGCAUCGGCAUCUUUCUCACCGGCUGAAUCUGAUAAGGGAAAAACUGAAAGUAGACACAGAAGAGGUGGAGAAGCUUAGAAAGGAUGCGUCGGACCUGCCGAAGAAGCGUUUGUCGAGUGAAGAAGGCCUAUCAUCCUUCUGGGAAGAGCUGGUGGAGCAGACGAGCGAGCUGAGGCAGGAUCACAUGUCAUUGGGCGAAACAGAAGAGUCCGUCGCAUCGAUGGCUGCAGAGAUCCGCCGACGACGCAAAGAUCUCAUUGCAGGCGCCGCAUCCAUAUUACCCAUCGACAGCGACGGCGACGCCUGGACGAUACGGGGACUCCGGCUUCCCAAUUCAAAUUUCGCAGGCCACGACGAUGACCAAAUAGCUACCGCCCUCGGAUUCAGCUCCCAUCUUCUGAACAUGAUAGCCCACUAUCUUGACGUCCCACUCAGAUACCCCCUGAGAUCCAUGUCAUCCCGCUCGACUGUCACCGAUACCGUCUCGGAGCACUAUACCGGCAGUAAAAUUCUCCCGUUGUAUUCCAAGGGUGUGGAGCGGAUACGGUUCGACUACGCUGUAUUCUUGUUGAACAAGGAUAUCGAACAGUUGAUGAAUCAUCUACAUCUUCCUGUUGUGAAUCUGAGACAUACGCUGGCGAAUAUGAGGGCGAUCAUCGACGCGGUCGCUGUAUGGAAGGUUGGCGAGGACAUAGAAGAGGAGGAUGCUGCACCGUCGCUCGAUAUUAGUGGCGCAAAUGGGGCUGAGGGGCAUGAGGCGGAAGUGGACGUCGGUGUCAUAAACAUCAGGGACGGGCAAGCGGAAGGGAUACCUGCGACGUUCGAGGACGCGCUUCGGAAAGCGGAGCUGAGCUUGCCGCUGCAUUCUGGGGGAGGGCAUCUUUCCGAUUAUAUCGUCUUAUGAUCGGAGCUCUGUUCGGCGUGACUGUUGAACCGUCAACCACGGGCGCUGCAGGGUGG